CACGUCUGCCCUGACGGAAAUAAAAGUCAUCUACCCGGUGUGGUGACACACGUCUGUAGUCCCCGCAGUUAGGAGGCAGGGGCAGGAAGAUUGCCAAAAGCUGGAGGCCAAGCUGGGCUACUGAGACCUUUAGUCGGAUAAUGGGCUCACACACUUCGUCCAGACAGCUCUGAGACAUUGCAGAAUGGAUAGCGCAAACUAGCACGGGGUUGUCUCAAGAUGAGCUUCCUGUUGCCCAAACUGACCAGCAAGAAAGAAGUGGACCAGGCAAUCAAGGGCACUGCGGAGAGGGUGUUGGUUCUCAGGUUUGGGAGAGAUGAAGACCCCGUCUGCCUGCAGCUGGAUGAUAUUCUUUCGAAGACAUCGGCUGACUUAAGUAAAAUGGCUGCCAUUUACCUGGUGGAUGUGGACCACACUCCAGUUUAUACACAGUAUUUUGACAUCAGUUACAUUCCCUCUACUGUAUUUUUCUUCAAUGGGCAGCACAUGAAAGUAGAUUAUGGGUCUCCGGAUCACACUAAAUUCGUAGGAAGCUUCAAAACCAAACAAGACUUCAUAGAUUUGAUUGAAGUCAUCUACCGGGGAGCAAUGAGGGGAAAACUUAUCGUCCAGAGUCCUAUUGACCCCAAGAACAUCCCCAAAUAUGACCUCCUCUAUCAGGACAUUUAGCACACUCGCUGCGGUUGCAGAUGAGAGAGGCACGGGUUGGAACAGGCCGAACCCUGAGGGCCUGUGGUCUGCAGUCCCUCAGAGACACAUUCUCUGCCUCAGCAAAGAGGUCUGAUAUGUCUGAAGCCAACGGCCUCAGGGCAGAAGCCCCUGCACUGCAAGAAUCCAGAUGCCUGAGUGUCCACUCCCUGAGAGCCUCAGAGCAAUGCUGCAACAGUGUUCGGGUGGGCUUUGUAACCCCCCUUUAUCUGGACUUCCCUUUAGCCCUGAGGCUCACGCAUCCUCCCUGACACCGAGAACACUUUGAUCAGCCACGUUUAUGCUCAUGCAUACACCCUCCGCCCUGUGCCUCCAUUCACUUGCCCCUUGUGCUCCCUCCGAUCCCAGCUUCUCUUGAAAUAAUCAACACUAUAUUAGUUGUAGGUGAGUUCAUCGUUUCUGACACAGACUGAAAGGGCUACUGUGGUCCACUCCUUUACGGCUGGCAGGUUAUUAAAUUGCCAAGAGCAGUGUGGCCCUUGACCGUCCUCUACAGUUAAAGCUAACCAAGGUAGCUGGUCUUGGGAAGUAAAGGAUGGCAGACCUCCCCAGAAAGCCGUGCCACCACCCCUUGUAUGAAGGACUUAAGACCAAAAAGAUAUCAGAAUUGUUAGCAGGGAAACGUCUUGUACUAUUUGCUAAUUCCAGAGGCAUUUGAAGAAUAUCUGACGUGCCAUGGUCCCAUCAGGAAACUCUGUUUCUCUUACACCCCAUAGUGGUUAUUGUCCCUGACACUCUGGAAUGAGGAGUAGAUACAGAGCUGGGGGGUUAUGGCCAGGCAGCGCUGUCACCAUGGUGCUGUCAUCAGCUGCUUUGUAAGCUUGUCCUUCAGGGAAAAGUGAAGUGGGACCUGGUUCUGAUAGAUGGGGCACAGAAAGAAGGUUGUUUGGGCUUUCUGUGUCCUCUGCUUAAAGCUGAGAGCUGCUUCAGAGAUGGGGAAAGAGCCCUUCAGGGAUGGGAAAAUAUCCUCCUUAUGAUGCAUAUGGCUAUGAUAGCCACCCUAGACCUGUGGGAUGAAAAAUUAACAUGCAGACAUGAAAGAGUCAGGUUCCUAAUGUUACUGAAGUCCUAGGCGAACAUUCAACUUUUUUCCAUAUCCCUAUGAAAGAAUAAAAUGUCUUUGUCCAA